AUGGGAGGUUACAUACAAGGUGGUGGACACUCUCCGCUCAGCUCAAUUUAUGGCAUGGCUGCCGACCAAGUCUUGAAUAUGGAGGUAGUGACGGCGGACGGUCGCUUCGUCGCCGCCAAUGCACAGAAGAACCCAGACUUGUUCUGGGCGCUGCGUGGUGGCGGCGGCAGCACUUUCGGCAUCGUGACCUCGGUCGUCGUGAAGGCGUACCCGGAGAUGCAGGUCACCUCCUCCAUCUUUUCAUUCACCUCUGUCAGCAUAUCCAAGGAUACCUUCUGGGCCGGGGUUCGGGCGUAUUACAACUACUUCCCAGCAAAUGUGGACCUUGGCACGUACGCUUACUUCUUUGUCCUGGCCUCUGUACCCAGCGCUGGCGAGUUUGAGUUCUUGAUGCAGCCUUUCUUUGCACCCAAAAAGACGCUCAACGAAACGCAAGCCAUCUUACAGCCUUGGUUCGAUGAGCUCACUGCGCUCGGUAUUAGCAUCUUACCGACGACACGGCACUUCGACAGCUUCUGGGACGCGUGA